CGGAUAUAUGAAAUUGCUGACCCUGAAGAUUUUUGGUUACGAUAAUGGGAAAAAUUUUUGAAUUAUUGUAUUGUCAUCGGUCCUUGAUAUGUGUGCUAAAGUGAAGAACUUUUACAAAUAUAGCAUGAACUAUAUUCCCUUUGCCUGUCCAAGUGCAAAAAACAAAACAACAACAAAAGUAAGUAGGUAGGUACCUACAUAAUCAAACUCCUUAGAAGUUCAAAUUCAUUAAUUAACAUCCAACAUGCAAUAAUAUUAACAGUACACACAUUUAUGAAAGAGAGUUGUAUUUGAUAAACAAUAAUUCAAGUAUUUUAUUAAACUAUACUCGAUUGGUGGCUGUAAAUAUGACUGCUGAUAAUGAAUAUCCUAAAGCAUCAAAUGCUACGCUCAUUGGAGCCAGUAUCACCUAUGUGGGGGCUUUAUUUCUCCUCCUUUCAUUUGCUGGUCCUUACUGGAUGGAAUCAUAUCCAGAAAUGUUCUCUCCAUUCAAACAUAUGGGAUUGUGGGAGUAUUGCUUUGAUAAUUUCAGGUUCCCUGGUUACCGGUUUGACAAAAAAUUUGAUGGGUGUCACUAUAUCUACAGCCAAGAAUAUUAUGCAAUCAAGCAUUGGCUGUUGCCUGGAUGGUUAAUGGCUGUGCAGUUUUUCGUGACAGUUGCGCUGAUGUUGUCAUUUGCAGCCCAGGUUUUAUUGGCAUGUGUCAUUGUUCGUUGGCCAUUGAAGACUGUGCUUCGUUAUGAAUGGAUCUUUGUGUUCUAUUCAUUCAUUAUGGUAGCAGUUUCUAGUGCUUUCCUCUUUCUUGCUGUGGCAAUAUUCGGUGGGAACUGCUACAGACGUGACUGGCUCUUGUAUCCUUCAUUCAAUGUUUUGUCUUGGUCCUAUGCAUUUGCGGUUAUUGCCUUUAUAUUAUUUGGUUUGGCAUCGAUUUUCCUGUAUUUGGAGUUUCGAAAAUUAUAUAAACUUCGCUUAGAGGCGAAAAAUCUUGUCGCUCAAAUGCAACAUAGUCAACCUGAACACACCCUUAACCAACUCCGGGACCAAUUGCAGCAACAGCAACAGCGUCAGUGGAAAUGAUGUGGUUUUGAUUGCUAACCAAAAAUAAAAUCGACACUUACACUAUUCAUUACAAGUUGCACUGAGUAUUGAAUUGUCACAAAAAUUUCCACAGACCUUGUUUGUUUCAUGACAUUUAUGUCUACAAUUGAUCAUACAUAUUUACCAUAAUAGUGGUCAUGUUAAUAUUAUUUACAAUUCAUCACACUAUAUACAUAUAAUAUUUUUUUACUUAAUUUUUAUUGUGAUUAUAUCCAGAUCAUUAAUGGUACAAUACUUAAAAAUGUUCUUACAAGUCUGACGAGAAUCUCCGAAUAAAAAUCCGUCCAAAUGAAUUAAUUGGCAUUUAGUAUGUAAUUUAAUUAUAGUUUUAAGCAGUUUGUAGUUUUACCAAACGAUUACUAAAAUAAAGACAAAAAAAAAUGUGUGCGUGUACUAGUGUACACACGUAAGAAGUGAAACUUCUUUAUGGCCUUAUUUUUCGAAAAAUGAUCUACAUGCAACUUUCUAGAAAUUGGUUAAAUAAAGUUAAAUUAGAUAAAGUUUAAACAAAAGGAUUUUAUUAUCAUAGACAUGAAUACAAAAAAGUUAAAUUAGAUAAAGUUUAAACAAAAGGAUUUUAUUAUCAUAGACAUGAAUACAAAAAAGAUGGCGCGUAACGGAAAAAUGUGACGCGUAACCGAAAAAUGUGACGGUAAAUUUUUUUCCAACGCCGAUAAGGAAGUUUCACUUCAAAAAUAAAAGAUGUACUUAGAAAUAUUGAGGCCUUAGUACUUUGUACGAUAAUUGAAACUCAUUGAACAUUUGUUUCAAUUUUUAAAUUUUACUAAGGACAGUUUAAUUCUAUAAUCUAUUUUCCUUUUUAAUAUUUUAAACGUAUUUAAAAAGUUUUUCUUGAAAUUUAGGGUAAUCAUGACACUUAAUGCUAUUUAAUGUGGCAGAAAUUUGUAGCAUAUUAAAUACUUAUUUUAGAUAAA